AUGGCUUCAUCACCCCCGCGCCAGAAACGCCGCAAGCCUUCGUGCAAGGAGUUUCAAUGCACCCACGAAGGUUGUGGGAGGACAUAUUCACGUGCCGAGCAUCUCCAAAGACAUCAACUCAAUCAUUCCCCCAAAGAGAUCUACUACUGUGACUAUCCUGACUGCUCUUUUACCUUUGUCAGGAAAGAUCUCUAUGCGCGUCACAAAUUGAGGCACGAGCGUCAGGUACAACAAUACGGUAACGGCCGUCUUUCACAAAGGCCUCAGAAGGAGUUUGCUAGAUUACCAAGGGAGCGCGGUGAGCGUUAUUCAUUCAGUGAAGACGGUUCGGCUUGGAGUGAUACGCAGGACGAGGCGAGAGAGACACCAGCAAAGGAAAGACAGCCUUCGACGACUCGACUUUCAAUGGAUGCAUCUGGAAUCGACAACAACUCAAAACAGUACGUUAUUGAGGGAGGAUUAUCGCGUCAAGACUCUGGUCAGCGGAAUGAAUUAGGUGAUGGAAGCGGAUACUAUGCCGACCAGCGACAACUUCGAAGCCGCGACUCAUCACCGGAUAAGCAGGCAUUAGGCUCUGUGCCUUUUCGGAUUGACCAGAUGCCGCCUACUGAUAUGCCCAUGCCUCUAACCAGCCCCGAGCUAACUACUCGCCCCGAACGCGGCCGGAAUCAUUCUUAUGCUAUGCCUAAUGGAAUUCCAACGACGAAUACGGACCAAAUCAUGGACGAACAGCACUUCGGACUCUCACCGUCCAGUACAGAUGAAUUCACCACCUGGCUCUUUACCGGCCAAGGGCUAGGCUCUAACUAUAAUUUCAUGCCCGGCAACGUCGGCAUGGCAGGAUACUCGAACAAUUUCGGCCAACUAUGUACCGAUUAUGCGGCCCAGCCAGGAAUGAUGGGCAGUUCCUACGUCGAACCCAUCAACAGCCUCUGGUUCCAGUCAGAACCUUUGGCCAUGGCGACACCAAUGGUGGACGUAUCCCAGUUUGGAAAGACCGGUCUUUCAGAGCAUAAGCGACAGUCAUUACUUCAUUACAUGAUGCAAAGAUUCAACGAGAUUAGUCUGCACGGCAGUAGAUCCGCAGCGGAUAUCAAAGAUGAGAUCUUCGGCAGCGACACUGAUGCAGAGGAUCAUGUGCUCAGCCACGUCAACGUUGAACGUUAUCUCAACUCGUACUGGGAUCACUUUCAUGAUCAGCUUCCCAUCCUGCACCGCCCAACGUUCAUACCUGAGACUGCCAACGACUUUCUCCUGUUGGCUGUUCUGAUCAUGGGUGCGUCUAUGGUUGACAAAAAGGGGGCUUCGCAAGAUACCGUGGAGAAAAUUUCAAAGUUCACCACCUUUGUCUCGUGGAAUUUACGCUGGCAGGUUUUCAUGCACGCCGACUCUCAUCCGCCUGCAAAGCUGUGGGUUAUACAGACACUGUUGCUUCUGGAGGUUUACGAGAAGAUGAACGCUACUCGCGUUCUCCACGAACGUGCUCAUAUUUACUUCCCUACAACUCUGUCGCUGAUGCGCAGGGGGAGUGCUCUCACAGGUAAACAGUCUUCUUAUGUAUCUAGAGUGCCUACGCCUCUUGGCAGUCCCAAAAUCGGAUCAUCGAGAUUGUUCCCCGGACCGAAUAGACCAGGUUUUAAUUCAACGCCGGAAAAAUGGUGGGAUCACUGGAUAGCGCAGGAAGCCACACGCCGCGCUGCCUUGGCUGCGUUUAUCAUCGACGCUACACACGCUGCGCUAUUUGGACAUACACCAACACUAGUAAUCCACGAGAUUAAGCUCCCACUUCCCUGCGACAACACCCUCUGGUCAUCCGAUUCACCCUCAGAGAUCGGCUGCGUGGAGUCAAGUCUCCAUGCUAACGGAGUCACGCCGAUUACCUUCCUCGACGGCCUACAACGCACACUCAACGGACAACGGGUGCGAACGAGUCCUUUUGGUAGGAUAGCACUUCUUGCUGCGCUGCUAUCUGUGACAUGGCAGAUGCACCAAAGGGACCUAGAUCGUUCAACGCUUGGAACUGAUACAAUACCCGGUGUUCAGGAGCGCUGGCGACCAAAGCUACUAAGGGCUUUUGACUGGUGGAAGAAGGACUACGAUGACGGGGUUGCUCAUGUAAAACAUGCUGCUUUUGACUGGCAGAGACUUGGGUUGAGUAGCAGAGGCGGGAGUGAUGAUGGCGAUGCUAUGGAAACAUUGGGUACGGUGCUGUAUCAUCUGGGCCAUAUCACUGUCUACAUCAGCAUGCCAGAGCUUUGCAUAUUUGCUGGCGUCCCCCAGAUCCUUGGUCGGACCGUCUCUUCUGUCGACUGGAGAAGAACAGAAGCUAAGAUCAAGGAGUGGGUGGCAUCCCCUGGAGCAAUCGGCGGGGUGUACCAUGCACUUCAACUCAUUCGACUGAUUCUUCUCCAAGAGGAGCCCAAGAGAGGAACAACAAACGACGCCAGUGGUAUGCCGUCUGUGUUUUCACCAUCUGCAUAUCCUAAAUAUGACGCUGGGAAUGAUAAGUUACUAGUCAGAGCAUGGGCUCUGUACUAUGCGUCUUUGGUGCUGUGGGCCUAUGGAUUCGUGCAAGAUGGAAAUAUCGAGCCAUUCCCCGACCAUCUACAAUAUCCCUCCAGCUCCGCUGGGAUACCAACGAUGACUACAGAGCCUAGUAUCCAUUCAAACCAAGGUGCAACGAGCACACCUCAGACCUCGCACCCCGAGCAGACCCCCAUGUCAUCAAACAUGGACUAUGAGACGUUGAAGCGUGACCGCCACGAGGAUCUCCGAACAUAUCUCCAAAUCAUGAUCCCCCCCACGAUUGACUCUAUUAAAGCCUUCCACCUGCACCAAAACCAAGCUGGGGUGGUUGGAAACCGGAACAAGAUUAUUGGGCUGCUGAGUAUUGUUGAUGAUGCGUUGACGAACACGAGAUGGGAGCUUUUGGCUGAGGCAAGACACAGGCUUAAGAUGGCUGCGUCUAUGAUGCAGCAGCCUCGGGAGCCCAGGAUGUGA